AAUAUGGUGCAAAUAACCCCUUACCGUCAGCUAACCCCAAUCAUGUUAUUGCUCAUUUUUUAGUACAUAUAUAUAUACACACACAUUUCAUAUAUUCUUGCAAAUUCUAUAUCUUUUUUUUAUAUAUAAAGUUUGCAAUGGAGGCGAUUGCUCUUGCAACGGCUCUUUUGGUUGUAGUAUCUUUUAUGCAUAUUGUAAAUGGAGUAAUACAUAGUAAAGUAAUUGAGAAUCAUAAUAUAAAUUAUGGGAGUGAUCUUUAUCAGGGAAAAUGGGUUUAUGAUUCAUCUUAUCCUCUUUAUAAUGCAUCAAAUUGUCCUUUCAUUCUUCAACAAUUUAAUUGCGUAAACAACGGUCGACCGGACCGAUAUUAUCUCAGUUAUAGAUGGAAGCCAACUUCCUCCAGAUUACCAAGGUUCAAUGGAAGAAAAUUGUUAACAAAAAUGAGAGGAAAGAGUAUAAUGUUUGUAGGAGAUUCUAUAAGUUUGAAUCAAUGGCAAUCUCUUAACUGCAUGCUCCACACAGCUGUACCAGAAGCCAACUACACCUUAUGGAGAGCAGGAGGGUUAUCUACGUUCAAAUUCACAGAGUACAAUGUUACAGUAAUGCUGUCAAGGAAUGCACUUCUGGUAGACACAGUUGCAGAAAAAAUGGGAAGAGUUCUAAAACUUGACUCCAUCAGUAGUGGAAAUGUAUGGAAGAAAGCUGACACAUUGAUCUUCAACACAUGGCAUUGGUGGCUUCACACAGGACGAAAGCAACCAUGGGAUUUCAUUCAACAAGGACAUAAGAUUUAUAGAGAUAUGGAUCGAUUGGUGGCGUACGAAAAGGCACUACGUACAUGGGCAAGAUGGAUCCAAUUGAAUAUUGAUCCUGCUAAAACCAAGGUCUUCUUCCAGGGUAUUUCCCCGGAUCAUGAGAAUUCUACAGAUUGGGGCGACUCGUCGGGAAAAAAUUGCAGAGGAGAAACAGAGCCAUAUUUGAAGCCUAACUACCCAGGAGGUGUACAUCCAGCAGAAGCUAUUGUAGAAAGAGUUUUGCCGACUAUUUCAAAGCAAGUUACUUUGCUUAACAUCACAGCCCUUUCACAACUGAGAAAAGAUGGGCAUCCUUCAGCUUAUGGAAUCGGUGGGCACCGCGCCACAGAUUGUAGCCAUUGGUGCCUUCCCGGAGUUCCUGAUACUUGGAAUGUGCUCUUACAAGCAGCUCUCAGUUAGAUCUUUAAAUGUUGCAGUGUUCUACUAGUGUAAGGAAGUAUUCUUAGCAAUUAACAAAUUGAGCAUCACAGUUUUGGGUUUUCCUCUA